AUGUAUGUGCUGAGGCGGAUAGAGGCAGUGCUGAAGCAGGCAGGAACGAACCUGGUUCGACUGGGUCAACGCAACGCAGCAGCCAGAGCUCGCACCCAUGCCGCUGCUGGCACCCCCAACACUCCUCCCCAUCCCCAUCCCCGCAACCCCACUGCUCCUAACCACCAACCCCACGUGUUUACCCAUCAUGCCUUUCACAACCCUUCCGGCACCCCCAACACUCCUCCUCCCCAUCCCCAUCCCAGCAACCCUACUGCCACUAACCGCCAUUAUCCCCACGUCUACACCAACAAUGCCACCACCACUCAUGCCUUCCACAAUCGGCAUGACCCUGCGAAUACACAUGGCCUUUCCAAUCCGCAUGGCCUUGCCCAUCCGCAUGACCCGGCUGGUCGGCAUGACCCUGCACAUCCGCAUGGCCUCUCCAAUCCGCAUGGCCUUGCCCAUUCUCCCGUGCCUCGUGGUCCCGCCAACCCGCAUGGCAGUGACAACCCAAGUGAUACUGGAUAUCCGCAUGUGAAUGGCGAUCCAAGCAGCUUUGGGAAUCUGCAUUCGCAUGCAGCACAUGAUGAUGAUGCUGCUGCCUAUAGGCGCACGAAACUCAGCUAUGCUUUCACACGUACCGUCAACGGCGUGGAGCAGGAUGGUAGGGCCGGCAGAAGCGCACCUGCUGGCAGGCCCGGUAUCAGGUCCGGUAAUAGGUCUGGAGUCAGGUCCGGCAUUAGGUCUGGUAUGGGGUCUGGCGUUAGGCCUGACAACGGGCCUGUGCCGUGUGAGAUGGGCGACGGUGAUGCUGCUGGUGGGUGUGGUGGUAUUGGUGGUUAUGGGUGGGAUGGUAUGGCUGGUGCUGAUGCACAUGCGUUAAGGGAGGAUGAUGAUGCAUAUGGGGAGGAUGGUGCAUGUGAGGAGGAUGAGGAUGAUGCAUGUGGGGAGGAUGAUGAGGCAUGUGCAAAUGACGGCACCACUCCUGAAACUGCAUUCAGUGAACACAACCCAAGCAGACCUGCUCCCACUGGGGAAGCAAGGAGCGGGCAGGAAGGCUCGUUGCAGCAGCAACAGCAGCAGCAGCAGGAGCAGCAGCACACGGGGGGCGAAGGCACCACCCCUGAAACUGCGUUCAGUGAACACGCCCCAAGCAGGCCUGCUCCCACCGGGGAAGCAAGGAGCGGGCAGCAGGAGGAGCCUUCGCCUCCUCUUACUUCCCCUCCCGACGGAUCUAGCAACGGGUUUAGUGAGCACCCCACUGCUUUCAGCGGGAACAACGCCAACAAGCAAGAUACCGCCAGCGGAAGUCAAAAUCCUACUGUGCCUUCUGAGCCUCCCUCAUCUGCCUCCCCUGCGAAGGCCGUUCCCUCGCCUUACCCCCCUGCUGGGAAUGCCGCUGGGAAUGCCGUUGCCCCGCCCGUGGGGAUGUUCACUUCUCCUGGAAAUGCGUUCUCUGGUCCUGUCUCCCCUGGGGACCCUUUCUCCCCCCCGCAUGCGGUUCAUAAGGCGAAGAUUAGACUAGUUGGGAUGAAGAGAGAGCGGGAGGAGGAGGGGGGUGAUGUGGGUGUGGGUGUGGGGCCGCUGGUGAGGGAAGGGAGGGUGGCGGAGGUUACUGUGACUGUAUCCGCUGUGCCUAUGAGGAAGUAUUUGAGGAAUGGGAGUGGGAGGGAGUUUGGGAGGGAGGGAGGCGGGGAGUGGGGUGGGGAGUGUGAGAGGGAGGAUGGGGAAGAGGAGAGGAGGGAGGAGGGUAUGGAGGAGGGGAGUGAGGAUGGGGAGGAGGGAAGGGAGGAAGGGAGGGAGGAGGGGAGGAGGGAGGAGGAAGGCAGUAAUGAGCAUGAGCUUGGAACAGCAGCAUGGAAACGAGGAGCUGAAGGGGAGGGGGGAGCAGAAGGAGAGGGAGGAGUAGAAGGGGAGGGAGGAACAGAAAGGGAGGGAGGAGCGGUAGGGGAAGGAGGAGCAAGAGGCAGAAGGGGAACACAGGGCGUUCACAGCAAGACGGCGCGCCUGUACGAGUGCAACUUGCUGCGGGUGGACGGGUCUUCAUGUGACUUUAAAACACACGAUGCAGGGAAGAUGAGCAACCACAAGAAGUACAGUCUGGCGCACAACCGCAGAGAGGACUUCAAACACCCCUGCGAGUCGUGUGGCACUCGCUUCCCUCGAAGGCACGAGCUUGAUCGGCACAGGCCGGCGUGCAAGGGUCCUUCUGCUGCCACCGCCAACCAGCAGCAGCAACAACAGCAACAGCAGCAGCAACAGCAGCAACAGCAGCAACAGCAGCAACAGCAGCAGCAACAGCAGCAACAGCAGCAGCAGCAGCAACAGCAGCAGCAGCAGCAACAGCAGCAGCAGCAGCAGCAGCAGCAGCAGCAGCAGCAGCAACAGCAGCAGCAGCAGCAGCAGCUGGUGAAAUCAACCGUUCCCACCGUCACCGUUCUGACCACUGCCAACGUGCAUUCCCUUGCUGACGUGGCUAAUAACAACAACGAUUCUAGAGGCUCAUGGGAUGGGGGGAUUCGGGGGAGAUGGCAUGGGGGCAUGGGGCGCGAGGGGAGGGGGCAUGGGGGAAGGCAUGGGGGGAGGCAUGGGGGGAGGCAUGGGGGGGCGGGGAGAUUGGGGAAGGAGGAGCAGGGGCAUGCGAUGUGGGGGGGAGACGUAGAUGCUGGGGUGAUGGGCGCAGCAGGGGCAGGGGGAAGGGGAGGGGGAGGGGGAGGAGGUGGGGGAGGAGUAGGGGGGAUGGGUGGAUGGGAACAUGCAGGGGGAGGGGGAAUGGGGCCGAGAAUGGGUGGUGCGGUUGGGAUGGGAAUGGGGGUGGAAGAAAGAGGAGGAAGAGGGGAGGCUGGAGGGAGGGCGGCCGGAGGUGGCAGGGAGGGAGCCUCAGUUUGGGGUUCGGGAACAGGCAUGGGGACAGGUAUGGCGCAGCAGUUUAGUAUGGAAGGUAUGAGAAGAGGUAUGGGAAGAGGCAUGGGAAGAGGUAUGGUAAGAGGAAUGGGAAGAGGUAUGGGAAGAGGUAUGGUGAGAGGAAUGGGAGGGGGUAUGGGAGGAGAGAUGGAGGGAAGUAUGUGGGGAGGGGCGGAAGGGAAUAUGGGGGUAGGAACGAUUGGGGAAGGCAUGAUGGGGGGAGGAACGAUGGGGGGAAUGAUGGGGGGAAAUCCAAUGGGGGGAGGCGCAGGGGAGUGGGGAACGGUUGGGAGUGGUGCUGCUGAGUCAAUGAUGAUGAUGAUGAUGAUGCUGAAUGGGGGGGACACAGAAGGGGAUGGAGGCAUGGGAGGAGGAGGGAGGGGAGGAGGAGGGAUGGGAGGUGGUGGAGGAGGGAUGGGAGGUGAAGGAGGGACGAGGGGAGGAGGGAUGGGAGGUGCAGCAGGGAUGAGAGGAGGAGGGAUGGGAGGCAAUGUGAGCAUGGGUGGUAUGGGGAGUGGCACGAGCGAAAUGAAUACCAUGGAUGGUGGGGGUACCAUGGGUGGUGUGGGUGGUACCAUGGGUGGUGUGGGUGGUACCAUGGGUGGUGUGCUGGAACGGCCGCCGGCAGACGCGGUGACUCGCGUGCGAUUCGGAUUCUCAUCCAAGCGGCUGCUCUGCUGCUCGUGGGAUGGGAUCCUGCGACUGUACGACGCGGGCGCAACCACAGGGCAUCUUCACACCCAGCUCUCCCACGCGCACCUUCGAGGAAGCUUCCAUGGGGAUUUGGAAAGGGGUGGGGGAGAUGAGAGCGUUCAGAAGCUUCCAGGAAACUGGGAGGAAGGGGAUGUUUCGUCCCACGUGGCAACUGCUCCUCUGCUUGACUGCUGCUUCGUGGGGCCCAGUGAUGACGUGGCAGCUGCUGCCAGCGUGGACCAAUCAGUGACGAGGUACAGUAUGGCCUUAAUUAUGCUAUGUCAGGGUGAAAACAAUCCCAUGGCUUUGGUGGUUUUACUUUCAUUCACGUUCAUAUCUUCACAUCAUCAUAUUUCCUAG